GCAAGACCAUGAACCAGCAGUUAUUAUUAAACAUUAGUUACUCCUGCAUGUAGUAAAUGUUGUUAAAUUGAAUGCAACCUGGUCAUUUGUAAACGCUUUGUUUAGAAAUUGCCAUGGCGGUGUAUACGUGGGGGUUUGGUAAAGCUGGGCAGCUUGGAACCGGUACAACAAACACCUGUCACACUCCUCAACGAUUGACGAACAGAAAUGUCGCAGGCCAAGUAAGCUUCAGUCAAAUUUCAAGCGGUGGCUUGUACACAAGCUGCUUGAAAGAUGAUGGCCAGGUCCUCAGUUUCGGAUGUGGAAAGCAUGGUCGCCUUGGUUGUGGAAGUGAUGGAGAUCAGCUGUCUCCUUCACUUGUGAAAUUCCCACAAAAUACUAGAGUCAUUCAGGUGUCCUGUGGGUCGUGGCAUGGAGCAGCUGUCUCGGAGGACGGUCACCUGUUUAGCUGGGGGUACCCGAGAGCUUGUGGGGUAUCAGGUAUCAAUCAUGACCCCCAGGGAAUCCUAUCCCCUAUUCCCGUGCCCAAUUUUACCCCAGAUCGACUCAUUGGUGUCUCCUGCGGUCACAACUAUACUUUAGCGUGGACCGAGACUGGUCGGGCAUUCUCCUGGGGGUGCGGCCGACAUGGCGUGCUGGGGCACGGCACAGAGGAAGACUCCCAAACCCCGAAAGAAAUAGAGGCUCUGAGUGUCAAAGACGUAGUUUUCAUGGACGCAGGGUACGCUCAUUGCGGCGCAGUUACCAAAGACGGUGCCGUCUACAUGUUUGGCAAAGGCGCAGAUGGAGCUCUUGGCUUGGGGGAGAAAACACUCAACAAUAAACUCGUCCCUGCCGUAGUUAAUAGCCUCUCUGGUGUGGACGUGGUUGAAAUAAGCUGCAGCGUGGGGGAACAUCACGGCCACACCCUUGCCGUCACCAGGGAUGCGGAGGUAUUCUCGUGGGGGGAUGGGUAUAAGGGUAAACUGGGAACGGGGGACCAAGAACCACGGUUUGAACCAACGAAGGUCCUGCCGUCGUCUUUCCAGAACGAGGCAAUCGCGCAUGUGUCGUCGGGUGGGAUACACAGCUCAGCCGUCAGUGUGUCGGGGCGGGUGUUCACCUGGGGGUGUGGCAGUGAUGGUAGGUUAGGUCACCCCGAGGGCAAAGGUCACAGGUACCUGUUUCGCUCAGAUGUUCCCAAACCAGUGGAAUUCUUCAAGCCGAACCAACAUGUAAAAAUGGUGAAAUGUUCCUACUAUCACACAGUUGCUUUAGUUACAGAGGAAAAGUCUUCAGGUCGUCAUUGAUUGGUGUGUACAUGUUUUAUAGGGGCGCUGGGGUAGUCUUGUGGUACGCCGGAAGCCGGGGUUUGAUUCCAUACAUGGCUACGAUGUGUGAAGCCAGUUUCUGGUGUCAACCGGCGUGAUAUUGCCGGAAAUGUGCUAGCCGUAAAACCCAACUCACUCACACACUAACUCACACGUAUAAUGACGUAAUUAUCUAUUUUAGUUAGCCGUGUGGUAGUGUGUUUGGCUGCUUCUCGUCCACUGAGGUAUCAGUGAAACAUAUAGCCACAGUAUACGGACCCCUAGCUGACCCCUAGCUGACCAGUCGUCGUUAGCUGCAACAAGUACCACCUACAAUAUGUGUUGGUAUGGAGGUCGCUGGAAUAGAACCACCGCCAGCCGGGCUCUAUCCACUCGGCCAUGGAGGUGAGGAGGUGAAAUUGGGUUUAACGUCGUGCUUGAGACUAUUUCGCUCAUAUGACGACGUGCAUGCGUGUGUAUGUGUAUGUGCGGCUGCUUGUACU